GUUUUUUUUUUACUUAAAACAUUGAUGCUGGUUGGAUUUAGUUCUGCAUGAGGAGGCUUCGCCCCCAACUCAGCGGAUCCUACCUGAAAUAGUCUCCACAUCACCAUGGCUGAAGGGGCCAAAUCUGCUUCCGCCACUGCAGCCAGUGGGUCCAAUGGAGCAGCAGCACCACAGCCGGGCUUUCUCAGAUCCGGAGCUCUGAGUCUCCUCAACAAGCUGAAGGUGUCCGUGGAGCUGCUCAUCGCCCUGGCUGCUCUGCUCUCCUGGGUGGUCGUGGGUGUGGUGAUGUUUGACUUUGUGGAGUACAAAGCAGUCCCUGACAUUCAGCAAAUCAUCACGGACCCCGUUAAAGCUGUAAACGACGCUGUGGAUGAAGCCACCAGCCUGCUCAAUAAGUUUCAAGAAUGUGCACCUGAUUUAAGUGACCCCAUGUCUGCUGCCACUUAUGCGGCCGAGGAAAUAUCAGCAGCAAAAGAUGGAGUUGUUCAAUACUUUUCAGAUGAGGAAGGGACCUUCUACCUGAGCUACAUCGACCCUGUUGUCAUUGGUAGACGAGCUUUCCAUUCAACUAAUGACUUCAUGUGUGGAGUGGUGGGCGGCUGCAGGGACACACUAUGCGCUGUUGUGGACACUAUAUUAGAUACCAUACAGAAGAUAAAUAAAGGAAAAAUUGAUCUUAGCUACAUAGACCCUGUGGUAAUAGGCAGAGGUGUCUUCAGUGUUACUAAUGAGUUCGUGUCUGGAGUGGUGGGCUACAUCCAGGGUGUGCUCUGUUCAAUACUGGACAAGAUACUGGAUGUAGUGAAAGGAGUCACUGACAUUAGCUUCAUAGAUCCAGUAGUAAUCGGCAGGAAUACCUUCAGCGCUACUAACGACUUUGUGAAUGGAAUAGUGGGCUCCAUCCAGAGCGUGUUCUGUACCAUCAUAGACAGUAUCCUGGAAAUAGUUAAAGGAACAACUGACAUUAGCUUCAUUGACCCUGUGGUUAUUGGGAGAAAUGUCUUCAGUGUUACUAACGACUUUGUGAGUGGAAUAGCAGGAUACAUCCAGGAUGUGCUCUGUGUAAUCUUGGAUGUGAUACUGGAUACAUUAAAAGGUAUUCAGCAGGCUGUGGGAUUCAGUCCUAUGUCGGCUCUGAAGACAACUGCGGACAUCACCAAAGAACAGAUCAGCAUGCUUGUGAGCUACUUCUCAGCAACACUGAUUGGUGAAGAAGUGUCCCUCGACCCCAUGAAGGUUGUUGAGGAUGCUGUGCUGGAGUUCACAGACAAGAAAGAUUUGUUUGUGGCUUAUAUGUCAGGCAUGCUGGUUGGUGAUCAAGGGGAACCUGCUGCACCUCCAGUUGUAAAUGUAGUAACUGAAAAAGAUGAAGCUGUAGUUGCCCCAUCUGACAUCAAUUUGGUAAGAAGAAAAGGUGAAUUUCUGCCUCCAUUUGAAAAAGUUCUCAAAGAGGCAAAGGAAAGACAUGCAAUAAAAGAAGUUAAAGAUGCCAUUGUUAAAGAUGUCAAAGCUGCAGAAGCUAAAAAAGAGGAGAAAAAAGUGGAUGAAGUCAAACUUGAAGAAACUGUAGUUAUAAAGCCAAAGAAGGAGGCCAAACCGGAGGCAAAACCCCUUGAAUGGAAACUAAAGAGACCCAAAGAAGAGGAGCCAAUGAAGAAGGCUCUCAAAGAAGAGGAAGAUGUGAAGAUGCUGCCCAAAGAAAAGAAACAAAUAAAGAAACCAAUCAAAGAAGAGAAAGAAAUAAAGAAACCCUCUAAAGUAAAGAAAGAGGUGAAGAAACCAGCCAAAGAAGAGGAGGAAGUCAAGAAACCUCUUAAAGAAGAGAAGGUGAAGAAGCAACUCAAAGAAGAAAAAGAAGUCGAGAAACCACCUAGAGAGCACAAAGAAGAAAGAAAGCUUAAGAGACCUUCUAAAAAAGAGGAAGAAGUGAAGGAACCACCCAAAGAAGAAAAGGAAAUCAAGAAACCUCGUAGAGACGAGAAAGAAGUGAAGAAGCCACCUAGAGAAGAGAAAGAAACCAAGAAACCUCCUAAGGAGGAGAAAGAAAUUAAGAAAUCUCCCAAAAAAGAGAAAGAGGAGAAGAGACCUCCUAAAGCUGCAGAAGUGAAGAAAGAAGAGAAGAAACCUCCUAAAGAAGAGAAAGAGGAGAAGAAGCCUAUUAAAGAAGCUAAAGAUAAACAUAAACCUGAAAAAGAAGAGAAGAGGGCCCUUGAAAAGGAGAGGGAUGUGAAGAAACCUCUUAAGGAAGGCAAAGAGGUAAAGAAACCUCCCAAAGAAGAGGAGAGACCAUCUAUGAAAAAGAAAGAAGUUAGGAAACUUCUCAAGGAGGAAAAAGAAGCCAAGAAACCAACCAAAGAAGACAAGGAGGAGAAGAAACUUCUCAAAACAGAGAGAGAAGAGAAGAGACCUUCUAAAAAACAGAAAGAAGCGAAGAAACCACCUAAAGAAGAGAAAGAAGUCAAGAAACCUCAAAAAGAAGAGAAAGAACCCAAGAAACCCCUCAAAGUAAAGAAAGAAGUCAAGAAACCUACCAAAGACGAGAAAGAACCCAAGAAACCUACCAAAGAAGAACCUCCCAAGGAAGAUAAAGAAGUUAAGAAACCUCUGAAAAAAGAGAAAGAAGACAAGGAAUCUCCCAAAGAAAAGAGAGAAGUGAAGAAAUCUUCCAAAGAAGAAAAAGAAGAAAAGAAACCUCUCAAGGACAAGGAAAUUAAAAAACCCCUCAAACAAGUCAAAAAAGAAAAGGAAUCUCCCAAAGAAAAGAGAGAAGUGAAGAAACCUUCAGAAGAAGACAAAAAAGUCAAGAAACCUAUCAAGGAUGAGAAAGAAGAAAAGAAACAUCUCAAAGAAGACAAGGUAGAAAAGAAACCUCUUGAAGAAAAUAAAGAAAUUAGGAAACCUUCCAAAGAGGACAAAGAGGAAAGGAAACCCUUGAAAGAGGAGAAGGAGGUGAAGAAACCUUCCAAAGAAGAAAAGAAACCCCUUAAAGAAAAGAAGGAGGUGAAGAAACCUUCUGAAGAAGAGAAGAAACCCCUUAAAGAAAAGAAGGAGGUGAAGAAACCUGAAGAACAAAAGAAACCUCUUAAAGAAAAGGAGGUGAAGAAACCUUCUGAAGAAGAGAAGAAACCCUUUAAAGAAAAGAAGGAGGUGAAGAAACCUGAAGAACAAAAGAAACCUCUUAAAGAAAAGGAGGUGAAGAAACCUUCUGAAGAAGAGAAGAAACCCUUUAAAGAAAAGAAGGAGGUGAAGAAACCUUCUGAAGAAGAGAAGAAACCCCUUAAAGAAAAGAAGAAGGUGAAGAAACCUGAAGAACAAAAGAAACCUCUUAAAGAAAAGGAGGUGAAGAAACCUUCUGAAGAAGAGAAGAAACCCUUUAAAGAAAAGAAGGAGGUGAAGACACCUUCUGAAGAAGAAAAGAAACCCCUCAAAGAAAAGAAGGAGGUGAAGAAACCUUCUGAAGAAGAGAAGAAACCCCUUAAAGAACAGAAGGAGGUGAAGAAACCUUCUGAAGAAGAAAAGAAACCCCUUAAAGAACAGAAGGAGGUGAAGAAACCUUCUGAAGAAGAGAAGAAACCCCUCAAAGAAAAGAAGGAGGUGAAGAAACCUUCUGAAGAAGAAAAGAAACCCCUUAAAGAAAAGGAGGUGAAGAAAUCUCUCAAAGAAGACAAAAAAGAGAAGGAGGUUGCCAGAAAAGAGAAAGAGGAGAAGAAACCUAUUAAGGAAGCCAAAAAAGAGGCAGAACCAAAGAAAGAAAAGAUUUCCAAAGAAAGAAAAGAACCAAUAAAGCCUUCUAAAGAAGAGAAAGAAAUCAAGACAACUACCAAAGAAGACAAAGAACCAACGAAGAAGAGAGCUGCCAAGACAGAUACUAAACCCAAAAAGUCUGCAAAGAGAAUUAAAGUAGUCAAGAAGGAGGUUGCAUCUGUCCUUAAAAAGGAGCAUCUUAAUGUUACCAAAGCAGCUGAAGAACCCAAGAAGCCUGCAAAGGUGCUUAAAGUUGCUGAAAAGCAGAUAGUUCCUGCCCUGAAAAAGGAACAUAAAAAUGUCACAAAAGCAGAGGUUCCUGAAGUCCCUAAGGUGACAGCCAAGCCAGAAGUGACAAAGAAAGUGGCAGCUCCCAAGGAGGCCAAGAAGGAACCAAAGCAACAAAUCAAACGUAAACCUGUAAAACCAGAUAUCGAUGCAGUGAAGGAAAAGGAAAAAGCAGCCCCUAAAAAGAAAGCUGGAGUUUCUGAACCAAAGCCCAAACCUGUUCAGAAAGAUGCUGCCGUUACUAAAGAAAAAGCCAAGCGAGCUCCACCAAAGAAGGAAGUUCCAAAGAAAAAGGCUAAAGCAGCUCCAGUAAAGAAAGAGGCUGCUGCUCCUAAAGAAAAGGCCAAACCAGUCACCUUGACCAAAGAACAAGAAGACGCUCCCAAAAAUGCCACUCUGGCCAAAGACAGGGUCAAAAUAGUGCCUAUGAAGAAAGUGCUCAAGGCACCAAAAAAAGAAGUCAAAGCGGUCUCUGCAAAGACAAAACCUGCAAAAAUCACAACAAAACCAGCACCAGUAAUUAAAGAGGCAGAAGCACCACACAGAAAUGUCUCUCUGACAAAGGAGAAAGUGAAGGUGGUGCCACUGAAGAAAGUGCCUGUAACUCCGAAAGAAAAAGCCAAACCAGCACCAACAAAAAAAGAAGCUGAAGUUCUCAAGGAGAAGAAGGCUGAACCAGUGACUCCCAAGAAAGCACCUGUUUCUAAGGCAAAACCACCUCCUAAAAAGAAGAAAGAAGCUGAAGUUCUGAAGGAGAAGAAGGCUGAGCCAGUGACUCCUAAGAAAGAAGCUGAAGUUCUCAAGGAGGAGAAGAAGGCUGAGCCAGUGACUCCAAUGAAAGCACCUGUUUCUAAGGCAAAACCAGCACCUGCUAAAAAGAAGAAAGAAGCUGAAGUUCUCAAGGAGAAGAAAGCUGAGCCAGUGACUCCUAAGAAAGCACCUGUUACCAAAGCAAAACCAACACCAGCUAAAAAGAAGAAAGAAACUGAAGUUCUCAAGGAGAAGAAAGCUGAGCCAGUGACUCCUGAGAAAGCACCUGUUGCUAAGGAAAAACCAACACCAGCUAAAAAGAAGAAAGAACCUGCAAAAAUCAAGGCAAAACCAGCACCAGUAGUGAAAGAGGCAGAAGCACCACACAAAAACGUGUCUCUAACCAAGGAGAAGGUGAAGGUGGUGCCACUGAAGAAAGUGCCUGUAACUCCGAAAGAAAAAGUCAAACCAGCACCAACAAAAACAGGAGCUGAAGGUCUCAAGGAGAAGAAGGCUGAGCCAGUGACGCCCAAGAAAGAAGCUGAAGUUCUCAAGGAGAAGAAGGCUGAGCCAGUGACUCCCAAGAAAGCACCUUCUAAGGCAAAACCAGCUCCUGCUAAAAAGAAGAAAGAAGCUAAAGUUCUUAAGGAGAAGAAGGCUGAGCCAGUGACUCCUAAGAAAGAACCUGCAAAGAUCAAGACAAAACCAGCACCAAUAGUUAAAGAGGCAGAAGCACCGCACAAAAAUGUGUCUCUAGCCAAGGAGAAGGUGAAGGUGGUGCCACUGAAGAAAGUGCCUGUAACUCCAAAAGAAAAAGUCAAAGCAGCACCAACAAAAAAAGAAGCUGAAGUUCCAAAGGAGAAGAAGGCUGAACCAGUGACCCCAAAGAAAGUGCCUACGACUCCUAAAGAAAAAGUCAAACCAGCGCCAACAAAAACAGAUGCUGACUUUCUCAAGGAGAAGAAGGCUGAGCCAGUGACUCCCAAGAAAGCACCUGUUGCUAAGGCAAAACCAACACCUGCUAAAAAGAAGAAAGAAGUGGAGGCUCCUAAGGAAAAGGUCAAACCAGUUACCUUGACCAAAGAACAAGAAGGCGCUCCCAAAAAUGCCACUCUGGCCAAAGCGAGGGUCAAAAUAGUGCCUAUGAAGAAAGAGGUCAAGGUGCCAAAAGAGAAGGUCAAAGUCUCUGCAAAGACAAAACCGGCAAAAAUCAAGACAAAACCAACGCCAGUCGUAAAAGAGACAGAAGCACCACACAAAAAUGUCUCUCUGACAAAGGAGAAGGUGAAGGUGGUGCCACUGAAGAAAGUGCCUGUAACUCCAAAAGAAAAAGUCAAACCAGCACCAACUAAAAAAGAAGCUGAAGUUCUCAAGGAGAAGAAGGCUGAGCCAGUGACUCCAAAGAAAGCACCUGUUACUAAGGCAAAACCUGCUAAAAAGAAGAAAGAAGUGGAGGCUCCUAAAGAAAAGGACAAACCAGUCAUCUUGACCAAAGAAGGCGCUCCCAAAAAUGCCACUCUGGCCAAAGAGAGAGUCAAAAUAGUGCCUAUGAAGAAAGUGGUCAAAGCACCAAAAGAGAAGGUCAAAGUCUCUGCCAAGACAAAACCUGCAAAAAUCAAGACAAAAGCAGCACCAGUGGUUAAAGAGGCAGAAGCACCACAUAAAAAUGUCUCUCUGGCAAAGGAGAAGGCCAAAGUGGUGCCACUGAAGAAAGUGCCUGUAACUCCGAAAGAAAAAGUCAAACCAGCACCAACAAAAACAGAAGCUGAAGUUCUGAAGGAGAAGAAGGCUGAGCCAGUGACUCCCAAGAAAGCGCCUGUUUCUAAGGCAAAACCAACACCUGCUAAAAAGAAGAAAGAAGUGGAGGCUCCUAAAGAAAAGGCCAAACCUGCUGCAGUAAAGAAAGAGGUCAAGCCAGCCCUGGCCAAAAAAGCAGAGGUUGCAAAGGAGAAACCCAAACCAGCUCAUGAAAAGAAAGCUCCUUCUAAAAAAGAGGCUGAAAUAAAGAAGGAAAAGCUCAAAUCACUCCUAAAGAAAGAGCCCAAAGUAACAAAGGAAAAAGUCAAACCAGCUGUUAAAAAAGACAUUUUGAGGAAAAAGACCAAACCAGUCCAUGUGAAGAAAGAAGUGGAGGCUCCUAAAGAAAAGGACAGACCUGCUGCAGUAAAGAAAGCCAUGUUGAGGAAAAAGGCCAAAGCAAUCCAUGUGAAGAGAGAGCCUCGUGUUUUAAAAGAAAAGAUCAAACCCACUGCAGCAAAGAAAGUUGAGAAGAAGGUAGAAAAGGAGGAGAAAGCUAAAGAGGACCGAGUUCUUAAAGAGAUACAGGAGUCUGCAAAGAAAGAAAAAGCCGCUGCGAAGAAAGCUGCCAAGGAGGAGAAAGUUAAAGCAGAGCCUUCUGUAUCAGACAGCCUUCUCAUGGAGGACGAGCUGCCCUACUUCCAGUGUUUCUUUGUGGACGAAGACGAGGCCCAGUUUCCGUUUUACGCCUUCUCACCGCUGCAGAUUUGAGGCUUCAGCCUGAAUCCAGUCUGAGGUUUACAAUUUAGUCAAUUUACUGAUAAUGACGAGGUCGCGUCGCACCCUGCGCUGCUGAAACACAGCUGCAGCUGGACAGCAGAGGAUGAUGGGGGAUUUUAUGUGAUGGACCGUUAUUUUAUUCCCAGGAUUGGUAGAGCUCUCCAAAUACAUGCAGCCAGUGUCAUUCCUUUACAAUUUCUUUUCUCUUUUUUUAAAUUUUGUUUUAUGUGCUCAGUACUAUAUCACGAGAAUAUAUAAAAUGGAACAAUUUAGUGUAUUAACUUCUGUGGAUCAUUCAUUUAGCUACAUAAAGCAACGUUUGCAAAAAAAACUUUUAAUGUAUUUACAGCUAAUUUUCUAAUUAUUAACCGGUGCUUGUGCACAGUGGUGCAGUUUUAUAACAUAAUGGUUCAAAAUUCACUGCAGACAGGGUACAAGAACGUUGCUCAUCAAAGGUGGACGGGGAUGCGAUUCCUCCUACAUUUACUUGAAAAGUGAUCUGUACACUCAUUGUACAUUAAUUUUUAUGCUCAAUCAUCUGUGUAAUUUUAGCUGUUUUCUUCAUCAUCAUCACCAAACUGGUGGUUGCUCAUAAUUCUUUAUUUUAUUAAUUCAAGGAACCCUUUUUGUUAGAAAUGUUCCUCUUUUUCUUCCUUACUUGGUACACAAAAGGAAUCGAAUGAAAAAUGGAUCUUCCUGGCAUUUUUCAAGUCAGAGCAACAUUUUUUUUUUUUUUUUUUUUUUUUUUUUAAAUUUUGUAGUUUUAUGCAAGAAAAGGAAUGACCAUGCACUAUAUAUGAGAGCUCCCAAACUCACUGGUGGAAAACUACCUGAAAUGUUUAAAGUCUUAUUAAAACCAUCUGGACAUCUGCACCAGCUCCUCAUUUUGAUAUUGGUGCUCAUAACAAGCCUGAACUCUCAGAAUGAGGUUGGAGUUCAGUUGUGUUAUUUUUUUAAUUUGAAUGUUUCUACCAUCAAGUGUCAGAAUAAUUCUGUAAUUCCUUGAUCGACCAAAAACACGCUGCCACCAACUCCGGUCUCUGGCUGUUUGUGUGUGUGCACAAAGUAGAAACUUGACACAUUUUGGAAACCUUUUAAGCAGGUUCUUACAAACGAGAGUGAGCUUGAUGCUAAGGGCAUAUAUAGCGUAAUAUUAAGGCAUAUCUUUUAAUGACAUCUCAGAUAAAAUGUGCUAAAAUGCAACAAAGUAAACAGGAUUUGUGUUUCUGAACAUCCUGUACUUGAGAUGUGCGGUGAAGGCUGCAAGACAGAUUUUGAAUACUGGUGUUGGUCACGCAUAAACGGCUAAAUCAUGUAUUCAAAACGUCUAAAAAAAAAUGAUAAAAAGAGAAAUGCUAAGUCUAAUGUUUAACCAUCUUUGAUUGUAUCGGUACACCAUGUGAUGACGGGUCGCUGCAGAGGGCGUCACAUGUUUGCUGAUUUCAGACGUAAAACAUUAUUUCUCAGUCAGCUUGUACCAGCUACACUUGGCUCGCUGCAUUUUUCUCCAUAUGUUGCAUAUAGGAGACAGUUAGUACAGCUUGUGGCGCUAAUCCUGAGUCUUGUCAAGUGCAAAUCCACUUAUUAUUUUAAGUUUAAAUAACAGGAGGAAUGAUGCAGCUCUCAGUGAGCUCAGGCUCCAGUAACUGAACUGUAUCAGCUGGAAUUUUAUGGAGAUACUGAUGAGGGAGUGGGUGUUUCUAAAUAUAUCGGUUAUCGGGGAUGGUUUUUUAUUGUAAAAUGAGACAUUUUGAUUCAUGGUGACAAAAGCUAAAAAAAAAUCUUUCAGUCUAUAAUGUCUCAAAAGACUCACUUUUACCAGGUGAACAUGUGCAAUACUUAGUUAUUUUUUGAUUAUUUCACUGUAUGUUUGUCUUUUAGUGAACUGUGCAUGAUGUGUGUGUGCUUUUGUUUAUGCCCUCAAAAUGUUUAUGUGGCACACACUUGUGAACAUAUGAAUCAGGGUAUUUGAUACCAAAAACUGACAUGUGUCUGUUGGUGGUGUUGCUCACAUACAAGUACAAGAAACGAACUCUUCAUAUUAAAAUAAUGCUGAUGUAAAUAGUUAAAUAAAUGGGUAAAAUGGGUUGUUUCAUCCCUGAAUUAUUAUUACUGAACAUGCGCCUUAACUGACCCUCAUUAUGCUUGUGAAUAGUGGCAAUUUGACAUUAAAACAUGGCACUGCAA